GAUCACCAGUGCGCUGUGUCCCUCGGACACAGCGGAUCAGGGAAAGAGCCGAAGAUGUCGGCUCGGUCAUGUGAUCAGCUGUGUCCAAUCACAGCUGAUCACAUGGCACUGAUGAUCAGUGUGCCCUGAUGAUCAGUGUGGCCCCAAAAGUGCCACCUGUCAAUGUCCAUUACUGCCAGCAGUCAGUGCUCAUCAGUGCCACGUGCCAGUGCCCAUCAGUGCCACAUCAAUGCCACAUAUCAGUGCAUACCAGUGCACAUCAAUGCCCAUCUGAGCUGCCUUUCAAUGUCACCCAUCAGUGCCAGCCAGUGCCACCUAUCAAUGCCAAUCAGUGCUGCCAAUCAGUGCCACCUAUCAGUGCCAGUCAGUGUCGCCUAUCAGUG